CUUUCUGCCGAGGCCAAACCGAGUUCCCGCGGGCCUUUUUGGAGAGAGAAACUCGCAGACUAACCGCCUAGCAGUCUGAAUUCCCUUCCCCGAUCUCAAUUUUUUUCCUGGAGUUUAAGGAUAGUUUGCAGCGGCCAGGAUUUUGUCUCUGUUCUGCUAAUUAAAUUUGCCCUCCCCUUUAUUCUCUUUUCGCUUUCCUUCCUCGCUGCCUGUCGAUACCAUUUGACUGGCUGUCCGGCAGCUGAAUAACUUACCAGGAAGUAGCUAGGGCGCCUCUAAAAGUUGACUGAGUCAGUGUUUUCCAUUUGGCGCUUAUUAGCAUGGGAAACAGUGAGGAAGGGAAAUCAACUAAAACUGAAAAACCUUCUUCACCUGUAGCAGUGGACCAGGCUAAUCAGGGCAGCCAGCCCAACAUUCAUGUCUAUCCUGAUUGGGCAGCCAUGCAGGCAUAUUAUGGGCCAAGAGUCUCCAUGCCGCCAUACUACAACCCAGCUGUGAGUUCUGGCCACCCUCACCCCUACAUGUGGCCACCACAGCCCAUGAUGCCACCGCCAUAUGGGACUCCUUACGCAGCAAUUUAUUCACAUGGAGGUGUUUAUCCUCACCCCUCAAUUCCUAUAGGACCACAAUCACAUGGUCAAGGAGUUCCAACGUCACCUGCAGCUGCAACUCCUUUGAACAUGGAGACACCAACCAAAUCUUCUGGAAACGCCGAUCAGGGCCUGAUGAAGAAGUUGAAGGGGUUCGAUGGGCUUGCAAUGUCUAUUGGAAAUGGCAAUGCUGAGAGUGCUGACCGUGGAGCGGAAAACAGGCUGUCACAGAGUUUGGAUACUGAGAGUUACAGUGACGGAAGUGACAGCAACACUGCAGGGGCUAAUCAAGCAAGCAGGAAAAGAAGCCGUGAGGGAACACCAGCUACUGCAGAUGGAGACGGCAAAAGUGGGAAACAAGCAAAUCCAGUUUCCAAAGGAGCUGGAGCCUCCAAUAAGAUGACAUCAAUUACCCCGGCCAAUGUUGGAGGAGCAGUAGUUGGACCUGUAGUUUCUUCUGGUAUGACAACAGCGUUGGAGCUGAGGAACCCAUCCGUUCUUUCUAAGUCAAAUUCCCCAAGUAAUCCACAGCCUUGCGCGGUAGUGCCUCCUGAGGCUUGGAUACAGAAUGAACGGGAGCUGAAGCGGGAGAGGAGAAAGCAAUCAAAUCGGGAAUCUGCUAGACGGUCCCGAUUGAGAAAGCAGGCUGAGACAGAAGAACUUGCACGAAAAGUUGAAUCCUUGACGUCUGAGAAUAUUACACUGAAAUCAGAAAUAAAUCGAUUGACUGAAAGUUCAGGGAAGCUUAAGAUGGAAAAUGAGGCGUUAAUGGAAAAACUGAAAAAUGCACGAGGAGAAAAGGAUGAAAUCUUUUUGACACCGAGUACGGAGAAUUUGCUAUCCAGGGUGAACAAUUCCAGUUCUUGUGACAAUAGAACUAUAGAGGGUGAGAACGCUUUGUGUGAGAAGAAGCCAAACUCGGGAGCAAAGCUGCAUCAACUAUUGGACACAAGUCCGAGGACUGAUGCUGUGGCAGCUGGCUGAUACCCAGAAUAAAAAACAGUAAUUGAUUAAUAUAUUAAUAUAUUUGGUUCUAAUCACGUGUAGUUUUGGCAUAUUUACAAGCCCAAAAUUACUACUGCUGACAGUUGAAUUUAGGAUUUUAAUGUAGCAAGACCAGAGCUGAUUUCUUUUACUCAUCAGUUUCUUGGAGCAGGACUUUUAUUAGAUUGGACAGCAGUUGAUGACGUCUAAAAGUUUGUAAAUUGAAGAGAAGUAGGGGUUUAGGUUAGCGGGGGUUGCUGAAGUUGAACUCUGUUAUUAAUGGUUUGUGUAUGAAUGAUUGGUGCAGUACCACUUUUCAUUCUGCUUAAACAGCAUAGUGAUAUAUUUAA